UCGCCGACCGACCGCUUCCCGCCGCCGCCGCCGCCUCACGGCUCACGGACGGGACCGCGCGGACAUGGCCGAGGCAGCGGCCGCCGGUUACCGUCCGGUCACUCACGUCAUCUUCGACAUGGACGGGACGCUGCUCGAUACAGAACGACUUUACUUUAUUGUCUUCCAAGAAAUCUGUGACCGUUAUGGUAAAUCAUUCACGUGGGAAGUGAAGGCCUUGAUGAUGGGCAGGAAUGCCACCGAAGGUUCCAAAAUAAUUUGUGAAAGCCUGGAAAUGCCUCUGACUCCAGAUGAAUUCUUAAAAGAAUGCUUCCUUAUCCAGAAGAAAAUAUUCCCUUCGGUCGAGCUGAUGCCAGGCGUCGACAGGUUAGUUCGCUUUCUCCACAAAAAACAAGUGCCGAUAGCAGUGGCGACCAGCUCGUCUCAACCGUUAAUCAAUAUUAAGACGAGCAAACACAAGGAGUUCUUCAACUUGUUCCAUCACGUCGUGAGUGGAGACGAUAGAGACGUGAAAAAGGGCAAGCCCGAACCGGAUUCCUUCUUGGUUUGUGCUCAGAGGUUCAAACCUCCAGCACUGUGUGAAAAGUGCCUGGUGUUUGAAGAUUCCCCCAGCGGAGUGGAAAGUGCAGUGAAAGCAGGAAUGCAGGUCGUCAUGAUCCCAGAUAAGCAGCUGAGCUCUCAACUUACAAAGAACGCCACAUUGGUGCUCAACUCAAUGGAGGACUUCCAGCCAGAGAUGUUUGGCUUACCUCCUUAUGAGUAGACAGUGGAUCCUACAGACACAGGGGUAGGAUAUGCCAUUUUCCUCAUGGAUGAGAAAUUCCCAUCUCGCGAGCAACAUCAAGCCCUGUACGGUUCUGUUUUUUAAGCCUCCCCCACUCUCCCCGCAACCCCCUAAAAAAAUAAAAGCUCACGUAUUAGCUUCACAUUUGACUUGUGUUUUGAGCAGUUGAAAUCGAAUGUUGCAGUUGUUGUGAUAUCUUGUGAUAUGGUGCCAUCAACAGUAUUUUCAGUAUAAGAUUAUAUUACUCAGUUUGUAAUAAGUCUCCCCUGUUACGUUUUGCUGCAUGUGUUUUACACUUGUUCGAACAGAUUAAUUUAGCUUCGGGCUGAGUUGAGUGGAAAUUUCUAUCAUGUAAUUUAGCCAAAACAAGGGAUAUUUAUAUGGAGCUGGUUUGGGGGAUGGACACUCCAUACCCUGGGGUUGAGCACUGACCGUCCAUUAUUCUGUAUCAGGAGGUCCACACUUGGCUGGAAGCCCUAUUUGAGAAACGUGCUUGGGUCACAUCAGCAAUAUCUUAGUGUUUCCCUUCCAGAAACAUGAAAUCACAUUUACGGGUUAUGGAGGGAGCGAGUGGGCUGGAUGAAAUCAUUCAGCCAUCCUGUUCUGGUAUGAACUCUGAGAAAUUGGGAGGAUUUGUAGUUUGUCUUGUAUCUGAUAGUUUGGUGCUGUAAUACUCAAAUAUUAUUUUGAGUUCUAUCAUAAACACUAGGAGUAGCGAUUAUUUUGCUAUGUUCUUAUCGUGGGAACAAUUAUCUAAUGGAAGGCAAUGUGAUAUAUUUUUUAAUCUCCCUGAAAAAUCCAUGGGGAUUGUUUGAAUGAGUGGUAGUCUGUUCACAUUUUACAACACCUCAAAGACUGGGGAAAACGGGUUGAUAGGUGUAUUGAUAGAAUAUAUUUGACACAGGCAAUGCUGAUUCAAUGAAACUUGUUAACUCCAAUACCCAAUGUUAAUACACCAUGUAUGUGAAUGGAAUCACAUUCCUGUUACAAUAAAAACAUUCCUAUUUGAAGCAAAACUUCAAGCUCAAAUAGUUGAGCCCAUCAGGAGAAUCGGAGGAUACUUCACACACAAGCACAAAGCCACUCUGCACAGCUUAAUUAAAGUUGUGAAACAAUGGCUGGCCGAGUGUGCAAACUGCAUUUUAUUUGACUGUUCUUGUGAUAUUUCUGAGGAAUUAAAUGAUAAAGUUUGCUUUGAAAAGUUUAGACAAAGCGGUUUAUUGUGGGUUAUUUCUUCUGUUUGUACACUGUUGGGCUGACUUUCAGUCACUGCAGUGAUUCUCUGUUGUCAAACCAAAUCUUCAAAUUAAAAAUAGUUACCAACA